ACGACUACUACGAACCUAUUGCUCUGAUCUCCAUGGACAAUAUCUCAUCAUCAUCAUUAUCAGCAGCUGCUGCUUCUCAGUUUCGUCCCCAUCACUCUCCCUGGCUUCACAACACCUUAGCAGAGGUGGAUGCUAAGUUCAAGACAAUCUUGAACCUGGUUGAGGACGACGGCGAAACAUUCGCGAAGAGAGCCGAAAUGUACUACCACAACAAACCUCAACUCCUCGACCUCGUCCGAGACCUCCACAAAUCCUACCGCGUCCUAGCCGAAAACCACGACCAUCUCUCAACUCAUCGCCUCGUCCACAACUCCGACAAGGAAUCCUCGGACUCACCCCGAAUCGUUAAUGACGACGAAGAAGGAGAAGAAGACUACAGCAUCGUCAAGGCGGCGUCGGCGGCGGCUGAUUGCGGAACCUCCCCAGACGCCGGCGAUGACGAUGGCGGCGCGGAGGAGGCGUUUUGGGAUGGGAUGAAGGUAGUGAGGGAUAACGAAAGUGUUUUGGCGUCGGUUUUGAGGAAGUACGAGGAACAGCGGGCGGAGAUUGGGAGGCUGAAGAAAGAGAUUAGGUUUGUGAGGCGUUUGCUUGAUGUGGAGAGAGCUGAGAAGCAGCAAAAGGAAAAAAGGAGUUCAUUGGCCGCCAUUCCAAAAUUCAAGAAAGCUUUUCGCAGAUUAUAUUGUUUUCCUCUACGAAGAAUUAAUUAAUUAAUUGCCUUGAUUCAUUGCUAAUUAACUAAAGUCACAGGGAUUAUUUUUUAUGUUUGGUUUAAUAUAAUGUGUUUGGUUGAAUGUUA